CCGAGGCCAGGGCGGUGUGUUUGAGCAAAGAUGUCACUGGCAUUUACUGGGGGUGCACUGGAGCCUGGGGCUUUCCCCAUCGUGGGCUGGUUUUAUGAAUGAAGGCAGGCAGGGAGUGCCCAGCCCGGUGCCAGGAACGCUCUGUGGGAAGGACGUUGGUUCCUGGUACAGCUGCACGGACAGACGGACAGCCAGCUGCCAUGGGCUGGGCUUGGGCACCCCGGCAGGAACCGCCACCAGCAGGGACCUCCCACGCUCCGCUCCUUUCUGUGACAUGAAGGCUGAGGAAGUGCCCCUCCACACCUCGCAGUCUUUCUGCCUAUUUUGGAUCUAUGAGAAAAAGGUAACUUAGGAGGCCGCUGCAGAUUCGGAGCUGAAGCCCCAGCCUUCCAGGAGAGCAGCCAAGGCUGAACGUGCGAGGUUGGAGCGGAGCCGCGUUCCUUUGGGAAGACGAUGGCCAGGGCCCAGAGCUGGCAGCAGAGCCUUUGGAACGCCCUGCUCCUGGUGCUGCUGUGCUCGGGCGGCUGCCAGGCGCAGAGGGACUGCACAGGCGCCGAGUGCCAGGCCCUGGAGAACUGCAUCGAGGAUGUGCUGGAGCCCGGCGAGUGCUGCGCCACGUGCCUGCAGCACGGCUGCACCUGCGAGGGCUACCAGUACUACGACUGCGUCAACGUGGGCUUCGUCAAUGGCAAGGUGCCCGAGGGACAGUCCUACUUCGUGGACUUCGGCAGCACCGAGUGCUCGUGCCCCAAGGGAGGGGGCAAGAUCAGCUGCCAGUUCAUGCUGUGCCCAGAGCUGCCCCCGAACUGCAUCGACGCGGUGGUGCCGGCAGACGGGUGUCCCCAGUGCGGCCGCAUUGGCUGCCUGCACGAGGGACAGAAGUACGUGGCGGGGCACACCUUCCACAUGCCCCCCUGCAAGGUUUGCCACUGCCCCAACGCCGGCGGGGAGCUGAUGUGCUACCAGCUGCCGGACUGCGACACCUUCUCCUUGAACACGGCCAGCCCAGGGGAUGCCGAGGACGGCGAGCCCGAGCGGCACUACGACGAUCCCUACAGCUACGACCAGGAGGCCUCCGAGGGAGACAACACCCAAGUGGAGUCUCCAAAGAAGUACAGGAGUUACUCGUCCCACCUGGAGCACGAGAGCCUGAGCCAGGAGCAGGGUGAGGACUAUGACUACCUGGCGGCCAGUGUGGCUCCCUCGGCGCCGGCCCUGGCUGACCCCCACACCGAGGGCACGGCAGCGCCCAGCACCACCCCAGUGCCCCGGGGCCCCACCGAGGCCCGCGGUGCCACGGAGCGCGGCGAGCGCCGCAGGGUGCCGCGCACCACGGCACCCUCUCUCCAGCAGGUGACACGCAAGGAGGCACCAGCCACCACCAGGGCUCCUCCCCAGCACACCACGGCCACCACCGAGGCACCCCAGCACCUGGAGGAGUUGGAGAGGAGGCCAAAAGGGAACAAAGAGAGGCACAAGCAAGAAAGAGCCCCCCACUCUAAAAUGAAAAAGCAUGCCAGGAAAGAAGAGUCAGAGAACAGCAUGUAUCAGGGCUUGAAAGAGGUGAAUUCUACAGAGCCGAGCUCAGCAAGAUCAUCCCAUGAAGGCCUCGAGGGGAAUGAUUUCCCCAAGGUGAAGUUCAGUGCAACAACCUCUCCUCCUGUUGCUCUGAAGGAAGACCGCAGCCAGUCCUCCCCAAAGCAGUCGCAGACACUGUACCAGUACCAUCCCGAGGAGGACGGGGACCCCAACUCCAUCCACGCUAACCCCAGGCUGCCAGAAGGUUCCACAAAGGAGUUGAUUGAGAGCUGCUGUGGAGCUGGCCAGCAGUGGGCUAUAGACAACGGGGAGUGCACAGAAAUCCCUGUAAGUGGCAUGGAUGGUGAUAUUUGCAGGAUUGCCCAGAAGCAGUGCUGCAUGUCCACGGUGAGGGAGAACAGCUGCCUGGCCGGGAUGGUGGCCGCCAAGGAGGGGGACUCGUGUGGCCCCGAGGACAGUGACCCCUGCGCGGGCUCCUCCUACAAGCAAUGCUGUGAUUGCUGCAGCCUGGGCCUGCGCCUGAGGAGUGAGGGGAAAACCUGUGAGUCCAACAUCAACCUGGGCUACCCCUGCAGCCAUGUGAUGCUGUCCUGCUGUGAGGGGGGGGAUCACUUCGUCCAUCCCGAGAUCAGACGGCAUCCUGAGCCCGUGCCCACGGUGACCCCCGAGAAGGGCCAGAGUAGCUGUCAGAGAUGUUCUGCUGUAGUUUCAGAGAGGGAGGAUCACCACGAAGCGCUGUCCAUCAGCAGUGAGGCUGAGCUGUCCAAUAACCUGCCUGGAGAUGACCUGGAUGAGUGUCUGCUCUACGAGGGGGAGCUCUGCCAGCACCUGUGCAUCAACACCGUGGGCUCCUACAAGUGCUCGUGUUUCCCAGAGUUCACCCUGCAGGAGGAUGGCACCAGCUGCUCUCCAGAUCCUGACAGAGGACAGAUGACCAGGCUGGAAGCUGAAGCCACCAUCCCUCCAGUAGCCUCUCCCUCCCAGCCCAUCCUCGUGGUGUCCUUGCAGGAAGAGCAGGACAAGUGCAAGGAUAAUGGCCCCUGCAAGCACCUGUGCAACAUCGUGGAAGGAGAUGCUGUGUGCUCCUGCAUGGCUGGGUACACGCUCAUGGCUGAUGGGGUUUCCUGUGAAGAUAUCAAUGAGUGUGUGACAGAGAGACACACCUGUCAGAGGAGAGAGCACUGUGUCAACACCAUGGGCUCCUUCCGCUGCCUGCAGGAGCUGAGCUGCCAGCCGGGCCACGAGCUGAAGGACGGCGAGUGUGUGGAUAUCGAUGAGUGCCAGAGAGGAACUCACAGCUGCAAGGUGAACUUUGUUUGUCAGAACACAGAGGGCUCCUUCUACUGCGAGUCAAAGCAGCGCUGCAUGGAUGGCUUCCUGCAAGACCCUGAGGGCAACUGUGUGGAUAUCAAUGAAUGCACAUCUCUCCCUGAGCCCUGUAAGCCAGGAUUCAACUGCAUCAACACCGUGGGGUCCUACACGUGCCAGAGGAACAUGCUGAGCUGCAGCAGAGGGUACCACUCCAACGAGGAGGGCACGCGCUGCGUCGAUGUGGACGAGUGCCAGACUGGGGUGCACCGGUGUGGAGAGGGGCAGCUGUGCCACAACCUGCCUGGGGGCUAUCGCUGUGACUGCAAGAUGGGCUAUCAGUACGACACCUUCAGCCGCAGCUGCAUCGACAUAAACGAGUGCUGGAACUACCCCGGGCGCCUGUGCCAGCACACAUGUGAGAACACGCCCGGCUCCUACCACUGCACCUGCUCCUCCGGCUUCCGCCUCUCCUACGAUGGCAAGCACUGCGAAGAUGUGAAUGAAUGUGAUAACAGUCCCUGCAGCCAGGAAUGUGCCAAUGUGUAUGGUUCCUACCAGUGCUACUGCAGGCAAGGCUUCCAGCUGGCAGAAGAUGGGCAUUCCUGUAAAGAUAUUGACGAGUGUGCGCAGAGCGCCGGCAUCCUCUGCACCUUCCGCUGCAUCAACGUCCCCGGCAGCUACCAGUGCGCCUGUCCUGAGCAGGGCUACACCAUGGCAGCCAACGGCAGGACCUGCAGAGAUAUUGAUGAGUGUGCAAUAGGAAGCCACAACUGUUCAGCUGCAGAGACUUGCUACAACAUCCAGGGCAGCUUCCGCUGCCUGUCCUUCGAGUGCCCUUCCAACUACAGGAAGGUGUCUGACAUGAGGUGUGAGCGCAUCAGCUGCUUCAACUACCUGGAGUGCCAGAACACGCCGGUGCGCAUCACCUACUACCAGCUCAACUUCCAGACCAACAUCGUGGUGCCAGCGCACAUCUUCCGCAUCGGGCCCUCGCCCGCCUACGCCGGGGACAGCAUCGCGCUCACCAUCACCAGCGGCAACGAGGAGGGCUUCUUCAGCACCCGCCGCCUCAACGCCUACACCGGCAUCGUCUACCUGCAGCGCCAGGUCAAGGAGCCCAAAGACUUCCUGCUGGAUGUGGAAAUGAAACUCUGGCGGCAGGGAACCUACACCACUUUUCUUGCCAAAAUCUACAUUUUCAUCACUGCUCAUGCCUACUGAAGCCUUCGCUGACGUUGGAUUUUAUUGGUGCUAUGCUCUUUAACUGUUCUACCAAAGCUUAAUACUGUUGAACUGGCAUUUCAUGUAUCUAGCCUUUAUAUUAUUUUUCUUUCGUUGCUUUAAACUUUCUUAUUGGUUGUGUAAAUUAAGUUAAUUUUUAUCUUUUUAUGGUCUGUUUUCUUAUGCAGUUCUGUACAUCAUCAUCUGCCAGCAAACAAAGGAAGGUUAGAAAGGCAGUACAGGCCUUCUGAUAAAUGCUGGAACUUUUUCUUAGCAAUUAUUUUUAGGUGUAGUCACUUCUGCAGAGUAUUGCACUAGAGAGGGAAGGUGUUCAUGUGGCAGUACUGGGAAAAAAAAACAUGGAAUGAUUUCUCUUUCUGACACAAAGUUCUGCUUCGGCCGGGCCAGUGGCCUCACUGGGGUGUCUCUGCUGAGGUGCUGAGUCCAAGGCCAUCUGUGGACACUGAUGGGGACCCCACCUCCUGCUCCCAGGUUAUCUUCCUCCUUCCAACUUUCAUAAUAUGUUGCCUUAAAAUAUAUAUAAAUAAAAGGAAACUCCACCAGUGAAAAAGCCUA